AUGGCCACCACCACAGCAGCCCUCUCAGGAACAAUGGCGAGUGCCUCUUUCAUCCGAAGGCAGCCGAUUAACACAAGCUUAACAGCAUUCCCUAACAUGGGUCAGGCUCUAUUCGGUUUGAAAGCCGGACGCGGAAGUCGUAUCACUGCCAUGGCCACUUACAAAAUCAAGCUCAUCACCCCUGAAGGAACUAAAGAAAUUUCCUGCCCAGAUAAUGAGUAUAUUCUUGACGCGGCCGAGGAACAAGGCCUUGAUCUUCCAUACUCGUGCAGGGCCGGUGCUUGUUCUUCGUGUGCUGGAAAAGUUACACAAGGGGAAGUGGAUAAUUCAGAUAAUAGCUUCCUUGAUGAUGAUCAGUUAGCAGCUGGGUUUGUUCUCACAUGUGUCGCCUACCCUCGUUCGGAUAUUGUUAUUGAGACACACAAGGAGGAAGAACUUGUUUCUUAA